AUGUCUCUCCGAACAACGAAAACAGCUGUGGCCUCUCUCCGUACUCCCUCUGCUACCACGUCGAGAAUAGCUCAGGUACAACGCCAUUUCAGCGCAACUGCCUCGGCCCAAAAAGAGAUACAGGAAGCUUACAUCUUGAGUGCUGCCCGGACACCUACAGCUAAGUUCAAUGGCUCCUAUACAUCAGUCUCGGCCCCCCACCUUGGUGCCGUGGCCAUCAAGUCUGCGCUCGAAAAGUCCAAAGUCCCCGUCUCCAAGAUCUCAGACGUCUAUAUGGGCAAUGUGCUCCAAGCCUCCGUAGGCCAGUCCCCCGCCCGUCAAGCUGCCAUCUUUGCCGGGCUACCCAACACGAUUGAAGCAAUCACCAUCAAUAAAGUAUGCGCCUCGGGCCUCAAGGCCGUCGUCUUCGCAGCCCAGAACAUCCAGCUCGGAUUGGCGGAAGCUCAGAUCGCAGGAGGCAUGGAGAAUAUGACCCGUGUACCGCUCUACACCCCCCGAGCCAGUGGACUGCCGUCAUUUGGCAAUGUGACGAUGGAAGAUGGACUGCUGAAGGACGGGCUGUGGGAUGUGUACAACCAGUUUCACAUGGGUGUCUGUGCCGAGACGAGUGCAAAGAAAUAUAACAUUACACGAGAGUUACAGGACGAGUACACGAAGCAGAGCUACUCCCGUGCGCAGGACGCCUGGAAGAACGGAGCAUUCGCCGAAGAGAUCGCCCCAGUUACCGUCAAGGGCCGCAAAGGCGACACAAUCAUCGACACGGACGAGGGCUACCUCGAUAUCAAGAUCGACAAAUUAUCAACCCUCAAACCGGCCUUUGUACGGGAUGGCACUGGAACCGUCACGGCAGCCAACUCAUCGACGCUGAACGAUGGGGCCAGUGCUCUGGUUCUCGGCAACGCAGCAGUCGCAAAGGAGUUCGGGGCCGGCUCCCGAGUUCUGGCUCGCAUCUGUGGUUCGGCGGACGCGGCAAUCGAUCCAGUAGACUUCCCGGUUGCGCCUGCCAAGGCAGUGCCACUCGCUCUGGCGAGAGCGGGGAUCAAGAAGGAGGACGUGGCUGUCUGGGAGUUCAAUGAGGCGUUUGCUGCGGUCAUCAAGGCGAAUGAGAAGAUCCUCGGCCUCGAAAACGCGAGAGUCAAUCCACUGGGAGGAGCCAUCUCCCUCGGGCACGCCUUGGGUAGCUCGGGAUCCCGAAUCCUGACUACACUAUUGCAUCAGCUGAAAGUCGGCGAGUACGGCGUCGCAGCUAUCUGUAACGGCGGCGGGGCCGCCACGGCGAUGGUGGUGCAGCGGAUCGAGAGUGUCUAA